UCUGAAGGGGACAGCGAGCAGAGCGGCGGGGUGAUUAAGAUCGACUUCCUUCCUCUGCCGGAGCACUAACAUGGAGUUGGGGGGUUAUAAAUGCCAGAAAAACAUUUUCUCAAACAAAAGAGCCUAUAGACUGCCGCAAUGCACGAGAACUUAAACGGACACAGCCGCGGUUCAAACAUGAAGGAAGUAACGGGACUCUUUGUUUUUGUGUUGACUUUCCUGGCGGGCAGAGGCGGCGGGAUAGAGCCGAAUAGCGGAUACUGCAUCGGGACUCAGUGUUUCACUGUGUUCCAAGGACCCAGCGACUUCAACACCGCGCAGAUCCAAUGCAGAGUUCGGGACGGCCACUUAAUGACGGUGCGGUUGAGUGUAUCCCAUGAAAUUGUUAAUAUAUUGUUGGGGAACUCGACGGGGCGCUUCUGGAUCGGUUUAAAUCGAACGAGCGGCUGCCCAGACGCCGCUGCUGCGCUCAAAGGCUACCAGUGGGUGACCAAAGACAGCCAAAGUGACUGGUUCAACUGGGCGCCGAGUUUUGACAGCAGCUGUUCUUCCCAUCGCUGCGUCUCAGUUUCCCCAAAGGACGACUUGAAAUGGAUCCAGGAGCCGUGCGAGAAACACGCGGAGGGGUUUCUGUGCGAGUACAGUUUCACUGACCCGUGUAAAGGUCUAACGGUUGCAGAGGGCGAGACCGUCUCAUACAGGACCCCCAUGGGGUUUGUGGGCGAGGAUGUGCUGUCUUUGCCGCCUGGGAGCACCGCUAUCCGGAUGCCGGCUAAGACUAAAUACGUGUGCUUGUCGGAGCAGUGGCUGCAGGCGCCCUGGAGCUGCGAGAUACACCAAGGCGGGUGUGAGUACAAAUGCGCAGUGGCCCCCAACGACGUGCCCUCCUGCUACUGCCCGUCGGGCCAAACGAUCAACCCAGCGGAUAAAGUCACCUGCGAAGCGAGCGCAGAGGAUCCGUGUCUGCCUCUGCGCUGCGCGCACGCCUGCUACAAGAAAGGAGACUCCUACGCGUGCAUGUGUGACCACGGCUUUAAGCUGGCGCGGGACGGCAGGUCGUGCACAGACUUCACCGACUGCAGGGACAAGCGCAAGUGUCCGGGGGAGAACUUCAAGUGCGUCAGCGUCACCGAAGGGUUUCAGUGCGUUUGCAAGGACGGAUACAAGAUGAGCGGCGGCCUGUGCGUUGACGUGGACGAGUGCGCGUCCGCUCCGUGCGAGCACCACUGCACCAACAGCCCUGGUGGCUACACGUGCUCUUGUGAUGACGGAUAUAUAGAGGACCCAAAGUCACCUGAUAAGUGUAUUCUCCACUGUGGGAAGGAGGAAUGCGCCGCCGAGUGCGACCCGAACGACCAGUUCCUGUGCGACUGCCCUGGAGGUUAUAUAUUAGAGGAGAGAGAGGGGCAUUCGUUUUGUAUAGACAUUGACGAGUGCUUUUCUUAUUGUGAUCACGGUUGUGAAAACACAUUCGGAAGCUAUGUGUGCACGUGCCCUGCGGGGUAUAAACUAGUUGAAGAAUUCCGGUGCGUAAAAAUAAGCGAGGGUGACGGGUACACGGAGGGAUCCGGCGCGGGCACGACUCCGAACAUGCCCACAGUAUCAGCCGCGCCGUAUCCAGAGCCUACCCGGCAGCCGUCAGUGGUGACAGUGGGGGGUCUCGUGGGGAUAAUAUUGUGCACCGUGUUUGUGAUUGUGUUGGUGGUUUGUCUGGCUCAUCACAUCCUCAGCGGCAGAGGGAAGAUGGAGAGCGCAGGCGAGCUCAAAGCUCCGGAGGGCGAAGCACGGUUUACAGCAAGUGAUGCGUAAAAGGGAAAGAAGGCGGGGGGGGGGACAUAAAGCAUGACAUGUGAAUGUUACAGAAGCCUCGGAAACAAUAGAGGCAUUUUUGGACAGUUUUUUGAAAGACUUUUUACGGUAAAACAAUUGUCAAAGGGAGACAGUAAUGUGGUUAUGAUGCCACAGGAGAUAAGGCCACUAUAAACUCACAAACAACACAAAUACAUAUUCAAGAUUUCUUUACAGAUGGAUAUUCACUGCCUUAGGACUAGCUCUGGCUUUUUCAAGUUUGUGCUGGAACAUUAUUACAUUAUGAAAAUGUGAGUGAAGGACAUGUCUCUCAGCAGUGGUGGAAUGUUAUCACAAGUCCAUUUACUCAAGUACUUAAGUACAAAUUUGAGGUAGUUGUACUUUACUUAACCUUUUGAAAAACCCAUUUUCAAAUAUCUUUAUCAAAAAUAUGGGGUUCUUUCAACCAAAUGGCCCAAAAAUAACAUGGAUGAUUCCAUACACAAAACAGGCUGUAAUUAUGCAUCAACAUACGUUCCUCUGAUCUUAAUUAUUAGCUAAACUAAUUAAUAAUUCCUGGGGGUUUUAAGUCAAAAUUAGGCAUAUUUUAAUAUGAAUGAGGUUUAUUGACCAUGAAUUCCAAACAUAAGUGUAAAACUAGCAGUGAUAAGUUGGAAUGAAGUUGGCUUAGAAGAUGUAACACAGAAUUGGAAAUUGUAUACUUUAUGCCAGUGAUAUUCAACAGGGGGUCCGUGACCACUAAGGGGUCCUCAGGGUUUGUGCAGGGGGGGGCCGCCAAAUUGUGUUUACAACAUUUUCCGAAAUUUUCUUUUUUCAAAAGUGAAUAUAUGUCUGAAAAUAUACAUCAACGUGAAUCUAACAUUUUAAUAGCAAAGAUAAAUUGGCCUAUUUGUGGAAAAAAAAAAUGUAAUUUACAUAUUGAGGAUAAGCUCUUCUGCCUACUAUGGUGGUUAUACAGUUAACCUUAAGGUUAAGCCUUUUCUUUUCAUGCCACUUUCUUCUUCUACUCCACUACAUUUCAGAGGGAAAUAUUGUAAAAAUACGACGUUUUAUUAUAAAUUAAACUUCCCAAAAAUAUAAACGGCCUAC